GGACGCGACAAGAAUACAAGUGAGAUUCACCCAGUGACCGCAUAUGAAAGGACAAAAGAAAGGAAGAGAGCAUGCGUUUCUUGAAGCGUCCAUUGUGCGCGGUCGCAAGUCAUAUGACAGCACUAAUAAUUUCCUCAACACUGGUCGUUUUCUGUCGAAGUUGAGUGGUAAUAUCAAUUUCAAGAUGCUGGCACUCAUAAACCGGCUUUUGGACUGGUUCAAGUCCCUCUUUUGGAAAGAGGAGAUGGAGUUGACUCUGGUUGGACUUCAACACUCGGGGAAAACCACAUUUGUUAACGUUAUAGCUUCUGGGCAUUUUAGUGAAGACAUGAUUCCUACAGUUGGAUUCAACAUGAGGAAGGUCACAAAAGGCAACGUUACCAUCAAGAUCUGGGAUAUAGGAGGGCAGCCGAGGUUCAGGAGCAUGUGGGAACGUUACUGUCGGGGAGUUAACGCAAUUGUAUACAUGGUGGAUGCAGCUGACCGUGAGAAGGUGGAGGCUUCCAGGAAUGAGCUGCACAAUUUGUUAGACAAGCCUCAGUUGCAAGGAAUUCCUAUUUUGGUUCUUGGCAACAAAAGAGAUAUCCCCAGUGCUCUAGACGAGAAGCAGCUCAUUGAAAACAUGUUUAACAGGGUACUUAUGAAAUGGUGAUGCAUCACUGAUGUCACAAUUGUUUCUUCUACAAACUUUUAAACAAGAGCUUUUCAGUUUUCUAUGCUGUGUCCUUGGCUGUGCUUAUCCACUUCAAGAUGGAUACACUAAUAUAGUAGCAGAACAAAGACAUUCAUCACACACAAUUACUUAUUUAAAGAUGCACUAUGCAGAAAUCGUUCCACCAUUUCCUGGUUUCAAGAAUUUUAAUACUUUGCCAUAAUUUCAGUUUGUGACAACAAGCAGUCCAUUGUCUAGAGAAUCAUUGUACCAUAUAAACCGCUGUGAAAUACCUUUGCAACAACCCAAAAAAUGUUUUGUUUUGGAUGUUUGAAGCUGGUGUACAAAACCGAAAGUAAGACAAACUAAAAUUAAAAAACGGAAAGCAUUGAAAUAGUGCACAUAGAACAGAUCUACCACUUUAACUCGCUUUCAAUGAGAAUGAAAGAUCUAUAACUGACAUUUCUAUGUGAAUUUGGUCAGGUCCCCAAGAAGUUACAUAUUGUAGUCACAUUUUCUAUUGUUAUUUUUUCAAAUCUAUAUACUUAUGACCAUAAUUACCUUGGAAGAUUAGUUACCAUUCUUGAAGUACUUUUCUGGAGUUUUGAACACUGCCAUCCUUUUACUAAUCUCACAUCAGCAAAGUCCUAAUGGUUUUAUUUUAGAAGAGAAGUUAUGAUUUGUGACUUUUUCUAGGCAUGCCUUUUUUAUAAGCUUUGUUCUUACUGUCCUCCUUUUUCAUAGAGAAACAUUGCAUUCUUCUGUCAUUUGUACCAAAUACAGUAGAGUAUGACGAUGGGCAGAAACUGCUUCUCCAGUAGAAAUCCCUGAUCACGCUUGUAGGCGACGUUGGCUAGCUAAGCUCAUGCGCAGAAACUCGUCAUCGGAUUUGAAGGGUGUCUCGUGCCAAACUGCACAUUUACAGGCUGUCAAAUCAAAGGCUUUGAUUUGACGGGGGGAUGAAAGCAUGCCAGUUUGUCACUUUCACGAGGUUGGAGUAAUAAAAUGUUCAACUACUUAUA